GUGCAAUAAACCCGGCCUGGUGCCCCCCCUAACCAGAGCUGGAAUCUGUGUCCUACCCUACUCUUCCCAAACCCAUCCUGGAACCGCACAGCUUGUUGGGUAGGAAAUGUCCGUGUUUUUCACAGCUUCUUUCCACUGGGAGCCAGAAGCAUGCCCCUCCCCCCCGGGAACUGUGGAACUAGUUUGGGGGAUCCCUUAUCUGAGAUGUGUUGUUCCCUCAGCCCUGGCUCCAAAUCCAGGAGACCCAGGGGCAGCAAGCACAAGAGAAAGCGUGACGCGGCGAGGAGCCGCCAGGACGCCCCCUCACGGAGCCCUGGGUGUCGGGGUCCCCCCUCCUCCCGUCUUCACCUGCUGCGGGCUCCGCCCCCACUCCGCCUCGGCCGGCUUCUGCUCCUCCCCCGACUCCUCCCCCCGUACCCCCAGCCCGGCCAGAACGGCCCCCGGGACAGAGCGACGCGGAACCCCUGGCUCCUGGGUCCCCAGCAUGAUCCUCGGAAGCCUGAGCCGGGCAGGGCCCCUCCCUCUGCUACGGCAGCCCCCCAUCAUGCAGCCCCCUCUGGACCUCAAGCAGAUCCUUCCCUUCCCACUGGAGCCAGCCCCCACCCUGGGCCUCUUCAGCAACUACAGCACUAUGGACCCUGUGCAGAAGGCUGUGCUCUCCCACACUUUUGGGGGACCCUUGCUCAAGACCAAGCGGCCUAUCAUUUCCUGUAACGUCUGUCAGAUCCGCUUCAAUUCUCAGAGCCAGGCUGAGGCGCACUACAAGGGUAAUCGCCACGCCAGAAGAGUCAAAGGCAUCGAGGCUGCCAAGACCAGAGGCAGGGAGCCUGGUGUCCGGGAACCUGGAGACCCAGCACCCCCCAGCAGCACCCCCUCAAAUGGUGAUGGUGUAGCCCCCCGUCCAGUUUCCACGGAGAAUGGACUGGGUCCAGCCCCAGGAUCCCCAGAGAAACAGCCUGGUUCCCCAUCCCCUCCCAGCAUGCCGGAGACUGGUCAGGGUGCAACCAAGGGUGAAGGGGUGACUCCAGUCCCAGCUUCCCUGCCUGGGGGCAGCAAGGAAGAGGAAGAGAAAGCCAAGCGGUUGCUCUACUGUGCUCUGUGCAAGGUGGCAGUGAACUCCCUGUCCCAGCUUGAGGCACAUAAUAAAGGUACUAAGCACAAGACAAUUCUGGAGGCCCGAAGUGGGCUGGGCCCCAUCAAAGCUUACCCUCGGCUGGGGCCUCCCACACCUGGGGAACCAGAUUCCCCUGCCCAGGACAGAACCUUCCACUGUGAGAUCUGCAAUGUCAAGGUCAACUCGGAGGUCCAACUGAAACAGCACAUUUCAAGCCGGAGGCACCGAGAUGGCGUGGCUGGGAAGCCCAACCCUUUAUUGAGCCGUCACAAGAAACCUAGGGGCGCUGGGGAGCUGGCGGGCACGCUGACUUUCUCCAAGGAGCUGCCCAAGUCCCUGGCCGGCGGCCUGCUCCCUAGCCCCCUGGCGGUGGCUGCGGUGAUGGCGGCGGCAGCAGGCUCCCCGCUGUCCCUGCGCCCAGCUCCAGCCGCACCUCUACUCCAGGGACCGCCGAUCACCCACCCCCUGCUCCACCCCGCUCCCGGGCCCAUCCGAACUGCGCACGGACCCAUCCUCUUCUCCCCCUACUGACCUGAACACUGAACCCUCGCCCAUUCCCCCCCACCCCCACCCUCCAGCCGGGACCCAGGCUUCCGGGCUCCAAGCCCGCCCUUCCUCCCGGCACUCCCUGAAUGAUCUCUCUCCUUCCCCCUCACCCCGAGGUACGGGGUUCCAGGAAAGGGGAGGGGUAGUGGGGGAGGGGAUCUUCAGAAGGGGGGGAACACCCCAGAUCUCAGGGAACCCCGCUCCCUGCCCUUCCCUCUCCCCUAGAAAAGGGGGGGCCGUCUCACCCUGGAGCCCCCUUAGAGACACCCCCCCUCCCAAAAGCCAUGUGCAUCCAGCCCUUCCUCCCAAACCUAGCACAAUACGGGGUUCACAAGCCAUGGUCGGGGUCCAGGGGGCAGAAAUGGAUUUUCUUGGCAAUAAGCGGACUCUGGGACUCCGGCCCCCUACCCUCAAACUGAAGCGCUUCCGUGAACACCCCGGUCCUCCGCAGCAGAGGCGGAGGCGGGGCCGGGAAGCAGGCGGGAUCCUGGGUCCCUCAAAAGCACUUUGGAUUUAUCGCCUGCAACCUCACUGUGCCCGCCCCGCACUAUGCCCCAGCCCCAGGUCUAGCUGGGCCCAACGCAGGGGACAGCACUUGGGGGCAUCUCCGGCCCUUGGGUGGGACCAGGUAGAUGCCCCUAUAGAUCCUUCCCUACCUUCUGCCUCCCCAGUCUGGAUUCCAUUCUUUUCACCAGCACCCAUCGCCCAAGGGGUACCGAGGGGGGCAAGGGGUGUCCAGUCUAAGCCCACCCCCGCCUCGCCUUCCGCAAAACUGUGAGCAAAAAGCAAUAGAAGCCUCGCCCCCGCCCCUCCCCUUUCUGCAGGAUUCGCUAAGUCUGUAGCCUCCCCCAUCCCAACUCCUAGACCUCAUGGCUCUCCCACCAGACACCUCCACUGCACAACUCGGGCGGGACGUGACCUUCCUCCCAACACACACAACUGUGGUGUCCGUAUCGUCAGCCCUUACAGCACCCGCCCCGGGACGGGGACGGGCUCCCAAUGGCCUUCCCGGCCCCAUCAAUUCUUUCUGCUUGACGAUGUAGCAACCCCAAGCCACGUCUUUCUCUUUUCCCUCUCCCUGACAAUAAAGUCCGGAUUCGUUGCCUCCCGUC